UUUGACUUAACUCUAACCUGGUCUAAGAGGUACCAAUCAGCUUCACGUGAGGUUUACUUGUUGUUUACUGUAUUUCAGAAUGAAAAAACACAGAUACUCACUACUUUCUUAUGGCUGAGACUGUACUGGCACCAUGAGUUCCUAGUUUGGGACCCUGAUGAGUGUGACGGCGUCACCAGGAUUUCUCUCCCUGUGAGUCGGCUCUGGUCUCCGGACAUCAUUGUGUAUGAGUUUGUGGAUGAUGAUGUUUCCCAAGCGUGUCCUUACGUCUACUUGAACUACACAGGUCGCAUCCGCUGGGACCGGAUGCUUAGGCUUGUCUCAGCCUGCAACCUGGAGAUCUUCAGCUUUCCUUUUGACGUGCAGAAUUGCACAUUUACAUUUGGCUCCUACAUGCACACCAUAAAGGACUUGAGGGUGAGUCCGGCCCUGACCUUUAAGGAGAUGUCUGAAAACUCAAAGCGUUACCUGGAAGCCAGUGGAGAGUGGGAGCUGGUGGACAUACUGGGGGAGACCUCCAUCCUCCAGUUUGGGGUUGAUGAGUUGGACAUCAUCACCUUCUGGGUGGUCAUAAAACGCCGGCCAAUUCUCUACGUGGUCAACCUGCUGAUCCCCAGCUCCUUCCUCAUGCUCAUCGACAUCCUGUCCUUCUACCUGCCCCCCCAUAGUGUCGACCGCGCCACCUUUAAGAUGACCCUCAUCCUGGGCUACACCGUCUUCCUGCUCAUCAUGAACAACCUGCUGCCCAGCACAGCAAACGGCACGCCCAUCAUAGGUAUCUAUUUCUCUGUGUGUCUGGCCCUCAUGGUCAUCAGUCUACUGGAGACAGUCGUCAUUACCAAUGUCCUCCACCACAGCUCCAUGAAAUAUCAAGAGGUCCCACACUGGAUAAGGGUGGUUGUGCUCAAAUACAUCGCCAACCUCAUCUGCUACCGAUGGUCGGAGGAUGUCCAGCCCCUGUCUAUACCACAGAAGGAUAAAACUGACAGCUCAAAUGGUGUUUCAGGGCCGUGGAUCAUCCAACCAGCAAGCCAGACACCUGACCAGCACCCAGCCAGCACCGGAGGUACAGCUGCUCUGCCUGAGCUGCAACAGAUCUGUCAAUAUCUAGGAGACCUUCGUGACCACCUCACCAAGCUGCAGAAGGAGAACGAGCUGCAGGACAAGUGGUGCCACGUAGGAUAUGUCCUCGACUACCUGCUCUUUCGCAUCUAUCUGCUGCUCAUCUCCUGUUAUGCCCUGGUCAUCAUCUUCAUGUGGUGCGUCUGGAUCAACCAGUCCUAACUAGACAUCGGUCAGCUGUGAAUGAUUGCUAGGAUCAAUUCUUAGGAUGUCUAAAUGACAAAUUCAAAAGCAAGAAGUAGAAGUAGUAGUGUGGCAAAACAAAGCCUCUGCCACCAUUUAUUAGUAGGUGUUGUUUCUGUAGUGUUUGUUCAAAUUUUUUUGUUUGAUUUUGCUUAGAAAACCAUGUUUAUGCAAUUUUGCUAGUUUUGUAUCCAAGAGGAUGGACCAAUAACUAAGUACAAUAUAAUGGUUUAGGGACAAUAACUGUAUAUUCUUUAUUGUCAUCACCAUCAUCAUUAACAAAAAAAAAAUUCUAUUCCUAUGUGUUAUUUGCUGCUGUUGAUAAGAUAACUAAUCCCCAAACACAGUUAGUCUCUGAUAUUUUCUCUGUCAAAAUGUUAUUAUUUUGCAUCUUUCUUCAAGGACAAAAUCUAAAAUAUCAGAGUGACCCCAAAUUCCUCGAUUUCAAAACAAUGGAAGAAGACCACUACACCACCACAGAGAUCCUGUACAAUCCAAAGAAGGUUAAAGUUAAGGGCAACUGGACUUGGUUGACCAUACGCGUCUGGAGUUUCAGAGAAACUCAGGAGGAUUUUCAACAAACACAACAUCUCUGUG